CUCUCUCCUGUUGCUUGUCUACGAGGGCAACCUAAUAAACGACUUUACCAUCUCUUCAUCCCUGUCAACCUGGUCAGCCGUGCUUAUCCAGCAGCACUAGGCUUGGAACCAAUCAACAGAGAAUGGACAACAUUGUUGUGGACGCCGCCGGUGACGUCGGAGUUAGCUCCAUGAUAAAGGCUGCAAAGCCCGAGCUGCACUCCGGAUCCGUCCUUUGUUCGGUUAGAUCGGCGAUGAAGAAUUUUGACGGACCUGGUCUGACCCCGAAAAUGGUGAAAGGGAGAACGACAACCAUGGCAUCGUUGGACACGUGUAAAUACAUUCUCGACAACAUGCCCGGUCCGCGGUGGGUGAUGUGGAGGAGCACCCAAGGGAACUCCUUCAAAGAGUCCCUGACUCAGCAUGUUGCAGCGACGCAUGUUCAAGGAGUCGAGGACAACGUGGUUGAGGGAGUCGCGCAGGCCGCUGAAGCCGCUGAAGUCGAACAAGAAGUCGCGGAAACCAAAGGGUCUACCCUGAAGAAAGCCUUUCGCACCCUCAACAUCGACGGAUCCGUGAGGAUUGACGAGGCAUCCGGCAAAGCGUCCGUCAUGGACGUCAUUCGACUACUGUCACCGGGGGUGUCGCUCGACAAUGCCAGGAAAAUGCUAAGUCGCCUCCUGGAAAAGGAUGAAGUGACCGAACUUGAGCAAAGGGGACAAUUGUCCGGACCCCAAACCCACUCGCCGAUCAUGUGCACUACAUCCAGAUCAACGGAAAAGGGAGGACUACCCCGCGCGGCCCGGUCGUUCCGCCGCCAGAGUGCCGAAGUAAUCACGCGCGUGCUGGGAGGAGACGUGAGUCUGUGCGGCGAAAUUGAACAGCGGUGCGCUCGCCUCGGGAGUACCUCGGAGGGGAGGUCCAACCAGGCUUUCAUGUCGGGUGAGAAUGGAACUGAAGAGCAGCCGGCGAAGAGGACUCGGGUUGGUCCAGAAAUCAUGGAGUUUGCCACCGAGGAGCAGUACGAGAAGUACAUCAAGGCUGGUCUACAGCAAGAAAUGGUCAACAUACAACAAGCAAUUGUUAAAAGCGAGAUUUCCCUGGUCAUGUCUCUCAAGGAAGCCUUCGAGAAGAUUCAACCGCUUGAGCCCCGCCAGAAGAUCGAGCUCUCCGACAGGCUUUCGGACGUACAGAAACGCUAUUUUCGCGGAGGAGAAGAAUCUGCCAUGCCUGUUCGUGAUGUUCGCGCUAUCACUUCAAGCUCUACUCCGGCGGAGAACGCUGUGGUGGUGGCUACUGCUGUAGACCCAGGCCACGGUACCCCUACACCCAACUGCUCUCGCGACGUCCGCGGGGCGGAAGUCAGCAUUGCCAUGAUCGCAACGGAGAUGGGGGUUAGUGUUGGCGGUCGCGGAGGACUUGUUGGGAAAAAUAUUAAGGCUCUGUACGCUGAACGGUACGGGCAGAACGCCGCCAACAAUAUCCCCAAGAGAAAAAACACUGUGUACCAGGGGCGUCCGUUCAAAGAAAACAUGUACUUCACCAGGGACAGGGACCUGGUGGAACGCGCCAUCAGGAUGGUCGUUUCGAUGUAGUCUUUUGAGGGGAAUCAGGGAUGUGCGUGUAACGCACACUGUAUCUGACUGUUGUCUCCAGGUUCGCGUGUGAGCAAGUUCCCUUAGGGAUGGGCGGUGUGGAUACACACCGGAUCAACCUGGUGGAGAGGCUGAUGUACGGAACGUUGAGUCGAGUCUGUGUGAGUGAGGCAGGUGGGGAUCAACCUUGUGUUGAAGCAAGGUUCAGCAUCCAACCUGCACUGACUCUAUCUGUGGUAACACCCCGAAGGUAGAUCUCCGACAGGUCAUCUGACGUCACAAUCUACGACAGUCUGAGGUGGCAUUCACAUCACCCCCCUAUCUUCAAUCUCGGGGCCUGAAUCCGGAUUGAAAGAUACAAGAAUGACAUAAAUACCUUAGAUUGUAUGAAAUUGUGAAGUACUGAUGAAAAACAUGAGUUAAAUGACUUGGGCCGAAACGUACGGCGACUGCCAUCAUUCAACGAACGCUUUGUGUUUUGUAGUUAUGAAAUUUGGAACGUGUCACCAAAAUAUCUCAUCCGAGCAUCGAUCGUACAUAGCGCAGUCACCACCACAGCUUGCACGAGAGAAAUUCAGGAAUUUUGGCAACUAUUCCCGUACGACGAACGAAUAACUACACAGAUGACGAAAGGUGUACGGAACAUGUCACUUCAGUCCGCCUCGGCGCUGUAGGCAACAUGUGAUCUACCGUACGACGAACGACGUGUGUACAGAAAAAAACAUCACUCCGGUGCGCGUCUUGCACCGAUAGUGUAAAAAAAACUGUACAGUAGUACCUUGAGACAACGCCGUGAACUGCUUGGUAGUUGCACGUAACGAACAUCCAGCAACGAAAAAUAAUUUGACAUUGCACAUGUGAAAGACGGUUGCUUGCAAGGCUUAAAUUUCACAAGUGUCGAAUGGCAAAUGACGUGGGUCGACCCGCUGGGAAAACGUUGCUCAAACGAUAUGCAGCGGCAACAACGAACGAACAUAUGUGCACAGCUCGUGGAGAGCUAACGAUACGACCUUCUCAUGCGAUUGCGCAAUUGAGAGGUGCUGCAUAGACGAACGACGACGAAUGGUGAUUACGAGUACAGCCAACGAUGUGCUGUAGCAUGGAUUUGACGCAGUAGUGGAACGAAAGUCUGGUCCUCUUGUGCUUCCUCUUGCACGGCCAAGACCACCAUCUACUCUUUCGCGAUGGACGACACGCGAGAAACGAUGUGUGGGAUAAAAAUCCACCACACAAACGACAAGACAAAUCGGGCAUGAACAAAACCGUGUGAACAAUGCAAAAGUGCAUGGAUCCGGAAGUCGAUUAUCAAUUGCAAUUCCCCCAAACUGCAAGUGAGACGAUAUCACCCCCCAAUUCAGGACGGAGUGGACGAGAAAACGACGAACUUCCGAUCACGCAUAUUCGCUCACAUAAAGCAUCAACUGACCCCAUACGACGCACUCGUAUCUCAAGGACAGCGACACAACGGCAAUGGACGCUUCACACCACGCACGAUUGUCUAUAACGGACGUACGUUCCAAUCAUAAUUGAAAACGUUUACGGAGCUCGCACGAGGUACUAUGUCGUACGGCAUUCAAACAGAGAAAUACAUAUAGUAAAAUCUAAUCACACAACGAACGGGCAACGCCAUGCCUUAAAAAUGACGUGCGCUAGCAUGCAUGUCCGACGAAACGAAGACACGCAACCAUGCUUGGUUCGCGGAGGGCGAAUCUCGACGCAAACUAGGCUCCGCCUGCCGACUUCCACGAGGUGUUGCAUCCAACGUGGGCGUAUCCACCAACAACGUCAAUGUCCGGCCGGACUGCGAAGGAACGUUGGGGACGGCGGGCACUACGAAACGAUCGUGCUGGACGACGAACAAUAAAAUAUACGAAGUAUGUACAUACGAAAAUAUAAAAAAUAAACAUAGCCCUUGUAAAAUAAACGAAACACGAAACGAAUAAGGCAAACGCAGCACGAAACACGAUACGAAGCAGCUACGAGUGCUACUUUCUAGGAAGAUGAUCAAAGGCGUGCGGAUUAUCACGAAGAACGCACGCUCGAUAUGAACGGAUCAUCUCGUGACACUGGGGUACUUCUUUGAAGUGCUUCCAACACCCAAGACUUUCAGGACGGUCUUUGAGGAGGAAAUAAUAUUGGAAGUUAUGGAGAGACGGUUUUCCUGCUCCACGUUUAAAUUUGUCUAUCCCCUCGACGACGUACGGUCCAAUUUUUACGGUAAACACGGUACCAUCCAAAUCGGGAAUUGGAAGGGUUUGUCCCAAAAACAUCUCAUCCAAUUCAGAAAAAUCGGGGACAGAAUCACGUUGAAAAGCAUAGUACUUUUUCAUACGACCCAAGUGUACUGACGUUUCCGCGAGUUCUCCGUCUUUGCAAACACGAUAGAUGACGGGUGAUACUUUUGAACGAACGGUGAAUGGGCCAUGCCAAGGGCUGAUCAGCUUGGGAUUGGGGCCAUCCAUAACGGUGUGGGGACGAUGUACGAGAACUUGUUCCCCAGGAGUAAACUGCGGUACGGAUAAAUUUUCGUUCGAGUCUGCUUGCUUGUCAGUUCGCUCUUUCAAAUUACGACGAGCGAUCUCAUACGCGAGUUGCAAGUUAUCCACGGUACGACGUGAAUAUUCCAUACGCGAAGCAGAGCUAUCAUGAGACGGUACACCAAGAAUGACAUCCACGGGAAGCAAAGCCUGGCGACCAAACAUCAGAUAGUGAGGAGUUUCCUCAAGAGUUUGGUUGUACGCGGUGUUAUGGGCGAGUUGCACAAACGGUAAAAGCUCAGCCCAAUUAUCAAACCGAACGUUUGCAUACAUUGCGAGCAUGCCAUGCAUUGUGCUGUGCACGCGCUCUAAUACAGAGUUACCUUGCGGCCGAUACGCGGACGUCCGAGUUUUUUUGAAACCAAACACGGCCUGCAACUCUUUAACCAACUCAUUCUCGAACUCAGUGCCCUGAUCACUGUGUAACGUUUCAGGGGGAGAAAAAACGGAAAAGACACGCUCUACGAGAGCCUGUGCAAUUGUUGUUGCUUUUUUAUCACGAAUAGCAAUCAACACGAGAAAACGAGUCAGGUGAUCGAUGACCGACAAGACGUACUUGCAACCCUGCGAUACGGAGUUAUAUUCAACGAGAUCGAUCGCGACACACUGAAACGGACGAGUAACGGGACGGUGACCCACAGGUAAUAACGGUCGUCUGUGGGACGUUUUUCGGUGUUGGCACGACAAACAAUGCUGGAUGUGUUUGGACGCAUCUCUAGACAUGGUCGGCCACCAAAAACGAUCUCUGAGUCUAUCGUACGUGGCUUUGAACGCUAGAUGACCCCCUGACGCAGGAGCAUCAUGACAAGAAUCCAAGACUAACGCACGCAAAACGGUAGGAACGACAAGUUGAUCACGAAACGAACUGCGUUUACGAAGAUACCCUGGUAAGUACGACCUGAAUAAAACGUUCUCAUUCAAGAAGUAAUUACUCAUGGUGCCUUUAUUUUCGCUAGACGGUAACGGUGCUGUUUUGGGUUUCUUGACGUAGUCGAUAUACGGACCGAACUCUUUGUACUGUUCUCUUCGCAAUUUAGCGGGAUCCAGUACAGGAAAUAACGAUACAGCACUAGCAAACAGUUCGUUGUCAUUAUGGACGAUAUCAACAUCGUUCAACGAAUCGGCAGAAAUUUCGUAGUCACGAGGGCCAGGAGGAUGGUACGGACGAUCACUCGGCACAUUCCUACAAAUCGACGCUAGGGCCGGUUUGUGUGAUAUGGUUUCGGACUCAAUUUCGCCAAAUAAACGAGAUAACGUAUCGGGUACGACGUUCAAUUUUCCCGCUACGUGUUUGACGGUAAAAUCAUAAUUUUGAAGAGCGAUAGCCCAACGAGUGAGCAUGUUGCUGGUGUCUUGCAUAUAAAAAAGAUGAGUCAACGCUUGAUGAUCCGUGAUCACCGUAAAGUGUUUCCCAAAUAAGUACGGUCGCCAAUGCGAAAUUGCAAGAACCACACCGCAACACUCUUUCAUAGACGCAGAGUAAUGACGCUGUCCAUGUUUGAAUCUAUGACUAUAAUACGCAAUCAUGUCAAGAGAUUCUGGAUCAGCCUUGGACGGCUGGGCAAGAAACGCGCCACACCCAUGUUCGGAUGCAUCCACAUGAACUACGAAUUCCCGAUCGAAGUCUGGGAAGUGUAGAACGGGCGCUGAAGUUAAUAACCGCUUUAGAUGAGCGAACGAUGCGUCGUGCGAUUUGUUCCAAGCUUUUACGAAACGUGAUUUUGUGGCGUACUCUUUGCGAGUUAACUCCACCAACGGAUUGGUUAUUUCUGCAUAAUCCGGUAUGAACCGGCGCACAAAAUUAACCACCCCGAGUACUGAGCGAAGAUCUUUCAGGCAA